GUGUCUUGCGGGCUUGUUGUAUUAUGGCCGCCAAAACGAAGCUGCCGUAGCACUAUACUCCCUCUACCACGCUGUCAUCAAGUAAUAAGAAUUGAUUGGUGAAAGUGUUUUGCCAUGGAAGAUAGCCAGAGAGAGAGCAUGGAAGUUGAUCCUCCAGAGGAAACAGUAUCUGCUGAAAAUUCAAGUGCGGAAAAAAAUAUUGCCAGCAAUAUAGAGAUAACAGGGCCAUCAAAAGAGAAAGACAAUAGCUCAAAGGAUCUUGAAGCAGAUGGGGACUGCAGUAGUGAAAAAGGUUCUAAGACAUUGAAUAAAGGUACUGGUGAAGAGGCUAGUAUUUCCUCUCCUAGCAAAGUAAAUGACAGCUCAAAUGAUGAAAGUUCAGCAAAUGUCGAUCCUUUAGGAACAGAAAGUGGAAAUAGUGAUUGUGAAAAAGACAAUGAAAACAGUGAAGGAAACCAGAGUGAUAGUUUAUCAAAUUCAGAUGGUGUUUGUACAAAGAACAAUUCUGAAGACUCUGCUAGUCAUCAGGCUGACCAACAGCAAUCUAAAAGUACUUUCAAUGCCUCAGUGUCUGAAAAAGAUGAUGACACAACGCACACUAUCAUUUGCAACUCUUCCAACAGCAUUUUGGAUUCCAAUGUGCUGUCAGAGGAGGAUAAUCUUGCUGAUGAUGACGAUGGUCCAAUGGAAGUAGAUAAGGAGGGAGGAGAUGUAAUAGAACUAGAUAAGCAGGGAGGAGAUGUAGUGGAAGUAGAUAAACAGGGAGAUGUAAUGGAAGUAGAUAAGCAGGGAGACAUAAUAGAACUGGAUAAGCAGGGAGAUGUAGUGGAAGUGGAUAAGCAGGGAGGAGAUGUAGUGGAAGUGGAUAAGCAGGGAGGAGAUGUAGUGGAAGUAGAUAAGCAGGGAGGAGAUGUAGUGGAAGUAGAAUUGCAGGGAGGAGAUUUAGUGGAAGUAGAUAUGCAGGGAGGAGAUGUGGAAGCAAAUAAACAGGGAGGAGAUGUAGUGGCAGCAAAUAAACAGGGAGGUGAUGCAUUGGAAAACGAAAAGCAGGGAGAAGAUGUAAUGGAAACAGAUAGGGCCAAAACUGAUAAGGAAGGAGGUAAUGAAAGAUUUGGGAAAGAAAAAAGCAGAAGUGAAGAAAAAGAUGGUAAUGACACCGAAAAUAGAAAAGAAGACAGUGAAGAGGACAUUGUAGAAGUUCCAGUGUACAAAAAACCUGCAGUUGUUGUAGAUUUAGCACUUGAUGACGAAGCUGAUGAUACGAAUAAGGAUGAUAAAACUUCAGACAAGAACAGCAGUGGGGAAGAGUCUAACACAGAAGGAAGUAGCAGAAGAAUUAAGCUCCGGUCGUUAGCUUCUUUAGUUGACACUCCAAACGAAGAAUCAUCAAAUGUCGUGAUAUCCACAGUGCACCCGGACGUUCCAGCUAUUGGAGAAAUAGUUGAGCAUGGUGUUAUUAUAGGCUCUGAUGAAAUGGGUGGGCUGCAGCUGCGAAUUUCCAAUGUAGUGGGUGGAGAAGAUUGUAUAACUGGUCUGUCCCUGGAUGAAGACCGCGAUUCAUUCUCUCAUAUCCAGAUCUCUUCGGUAACUACACUUAUGGAUCCCAUGAGCCCAGAAGAUCCCAAUCAGGGGAAAGAUGACAGUGCUACUGCUAAGCCAUCUGAUAAAGACACUCCCAGCAAGGAAAAUUCUAGUUCACAAGAAUUGCCCGAGACUGAAGUUAAUAACGCUGACAAGUCAAGUGAUGCCAUUGAGGAUAUCCAGAAAGAUACAACAGAUGAAUCCAACACUAGUGGGAUUAAAAUUGUUAACUCUGAAAGCCUUUCAUCAAAAAGCUCUGAUGGAAAAGAUACAGACAAAGCUGAGUCGGCUGGCCCCAAAAUUCGUCUUAGCAGUGCUGUCUCGGAAGUUGCUAAGGAUACAGGAACCAGUGAUGAGGCAGCCAGUACGGCAAAAUUUAUAUAUCACAUUCUACGGAGUAUCCUCACUGUGAACAGGGAGUGUGUUGCAUGUUGCAAGAGUAAGAGAUGUGACUUUCGCAUCACCAAGAAGAAUGAGAGUGGGACGUUUGCAUUCUUGUGUAGUGCAGAAUGUAGAACUCGGUGGACCUCAUCCCUCACGUCCGAUCAUGUGGUGGAAAAACCUCGUCUGAUAUUUGAAAAGAUGUGUGGAAUGUGUGGGAAGGACCUAGUCAAUGUCUCUCGUAGUGGGCAGUACUCGUGGGAGACCAGAGAAUUUUGCACAAAAACUUGUCUGACUUCACAUCUCAAUGAAGUUGCUGGAGAAUGUCACACGUGUCGUGAAAAGGUAAAAUCUCUAUUCAUCGGGAAGUACUGUGUUCGUUUUGGAUCGGAUAUUCACCAAUUUUGCUCCAAUACAUGUCUGGAAAGGUAUAAAACGAAGAUCAAAGUAUGCUGUUACUGUCAAAAGAAUCUUGAGAAAGUACAAAAACUUACUUCAGUGGCAAAUAAAGAAUAUUGCAGUAUGAAGUGUCUAAAGCGAGCACAGAGGAGGGACAUAGGCCAACAGAAUUAUUGUGAACAGCAUUCUUGUACAGUGUGUCAGACAGAAGGUGUAAACCGAUAUGAGUUUAUGUCAAAUCAAGAGCCUUACCAACUCUGUUCUGAUCCCUGUCUUAAUGUUUACAAAUAUGUCAACAGGGUCAAAGCUGUUGCCUGCUGCUUGUGUUUCCGUGUGUUGAAUGCAGAGGAUGUGUGUCACUACCUCUAUCAUGGAGGGCAUCAGCUACGAGUCUUCUGUUCAGAUUCCUGUGUUAAUGUCUUCAUUCUUUCCGCUCGCAAAAUUGUCGUUUGUGAUACUUGUAAGGUGAAAAAAUACAACUUCGACAUGAUUCACCGUCAGGUAGAUGAAGACUUCAGAGAUUAUUUCUACUGUUCAUUGAAUUGCCUUAACACCAAAGAUUUGUCUCCUUUGACAAAAAAUAGCACCAGCAGUGAUGUUUCCUCAACAACCACAACAACAACAACCAACAACACAGCAUCAACCAAUUCCUCUGAUGCCCCAAUCACCCCCUGUAACAUGUGCAAUAAUAUGGCUAAAGCUCAAUACCACAUGGUCAUGUCAGACAAUACGCUUCGGAGCUUCUGCCGGUACGCCUGUGCUACCAAAUACAAAAACACUUAUGGCUUCCAAGUGAAUGGAAUACAGACAGACUCGACACAAAAUUCCACUGCGUUACCGCCUAUAAGACCAAAACCUUCCACCCAAGUGACUGCCACUAUAUCAGCUCUGCCAUCUGGGAAUGAGGCCACAAUUCAGGCUAAGAAGAAUGCAGUCAAUGAUGUUUCUCAGGAAGUUGUCAAUAGAGAUGAACAGGCACUUCAAAAUUCUGAACUACAUUCCGCAACAUCUGAAUUGUUAAAGCUGCUAACCCCUCCCACGAUGGUGAAUAAGAUGACGUCUUGUCGCCCAAGUACUCUUACAAAGGGCGUGUACUGUAAGCCACACCCCUGGCAUAGACAGACUCAAACAGAUUCAUCAGGCAUCAACUGCAGUCUCUUUACAUCUGAACCACCACCCAUUAUUCCUGUGCCUAUUCCCGUCUAUGUUCCUGCACCAAUGAUGAUGUAUAAUGCACCAUACCCAGUCCCAUUAUUUGUUCCAAUACCACUUCCGGUGCCAAUCUUUAUACCUACAACAGCCAAGACUUCAGAGGAUAUAAAAAGAAUGAUGAAGAAAAUCCAGGAUGAAAUGCCUUCAGACCCUUAUGAGGCAGAGAUGCUACUUCUGGCCCGGGCAUCAAGUGAGAGUGCAGAAAAUGAAGCAAAGAACGAGCAAACUGAGAAGCUUACACUCCCGGAUGAGAGUGAGAAUGCUGAUGAUGGAGGAGGAGAUUUAUCGUCCUUAGAGAACUUUACUACCUAUUCUGGAGGAAACGAAGUAGAAAAUGAUGAUUUGAGUUGCACAGAUGUGACUUGCCUCAACACAAUAGAAGAAGAUCUACCGAGGUACCCACUUAGACUCUUUGAUGAAAUGGAAGUGUCGUCAAACUGUAGUUCUUUGCCAAAUGACAUUGAUUCCCAAAAUGAAGAUAUUAGAGGUAAGAGACAAGCAUCCAUCGAUGAUCGAAGGAGACCCAGAAAAAGACUUCGGCGGACAGACAGUAGCGACUCUCAGUCCAUGUCUGACCCCGAUGACCCUGAUCCUGAGCCGGAGCCAGAACGUGAAGCAGAGCCCGAGCCCGAACCUCUCUUAGAAGAAGAGUAUCAGGGACCGUACCUAAAUAAAGUGUAUGGUCUGGCGGCCUGGAAGAGCUGGGUAACGGGAAAGAAUGCGGAGCUAGCGGGGGUCUCGUCCUCCCGCAGUAUGAAACUAGUCUCAGAGAACUUGCUUUCCAUGAACUGUGAAGAACUCAACUAUGCCCUCUGUCUCUUCCUCAAAGAUCUGAGGAAACCCAAUGGGGAAGCCUACCAGCCAGAUACCAUCUUUUACCUCUUACUGGGCAUUCAGCAGCACUUAUUUGAGAGUGCAAGGACAGACUGCAUCUUCAUGGAUUUUGGCUUUGAGAAGUUCACCAACAGCGUUGAUGAAAUUGCCAAGACAUUUUUAGGCCUUACAUCGCCAAGUUCGGUUGGAGUGACGAGAAUAACAGAAACUAUGUUGUGGGAGUGCAGGCAGCUUGGUGCACACACUCCGCAAGUUCUUCUAAACACACUUUUCUAUUUCAACACAAAAGUUUUUAAACUCAAGACUGUAGAGGAGCACCAAGCACUGUCGUUUGUACAAAUUGUGAAACAGUGGAAACGGACAAAUGUCGGGCAGGAAGGCACUGUCACGAGAACGACUCUACUUAGAUAUUAUCCAAAGAGAUCUAUGGAUGAAGGUGGAAAAAUGAAGAGAAAUUAUGAAAUGCACGAGAAUAGAGACGACCCCCUAAGAUGCCCUGUCAAGUUGUAUGAAUUUUACCUUUCUAAAUGUCCUGAGAGUGUGCGCAACCAACGGCAUAUGUACUAUGUAUAUCCUGAGCGAUCUUGUGUUCCUGAUUCUCCGACCUGGUUUUCGACUCAAGUUGUCCAGCCAGCCACUAUCUCCAAGAUGUUGCAUCGUGCUCUUAUGGUGAGAGAAGUACAAGAGUCAAUAAUGGAAUAAAGGCAGUGCUAUAUUGUUAGUACUACUGAAAACUUUUAUAACAGGAAGUCACCUCUCAAAGUGUGUAGGGUGCUGGAAAAACUCUGAAGAUUUUCAAGUGUUGUAGUGUCAGUUAUGCAUUACAGCUUAACCCCCAGUGUGUGUACAUGACUCAGAUUACUUAUGUAAAUACCUGUACUGUAUUCUUGAGCACUUUUGAUACACUGAGGUGCAGGUUUUUCAAAAUUAUUCUUUUUUAUUUUAUAUAUUGACUGUCAGUUGACUUUGAUUACAUUGCACUAGUAAGGUAUGAAUUAUUUUAAUUAUUAUUUGAUCUAGACUACAAAUUACUCCAUAAUCCAUUGGCUGGAUUAGAGAAGUACAAUUUGGGAAAACGUACAUUGCAUAUAUAUCAUCAUCAUCAUCAUCAUCAUCAACAACAUGAACAUCAACGUUUUCCUGCUGUUUUCCUUGUUUGUUUUACCAAGGGUUCAGCAGGUGGAUGGGGUGAGUAGUUAUCUUACAAAAUUAUUUAAUGGAAACGUUGGGAAGUCCCUUCUGCUUGCAAGGAGCCCUCGCUUCCUUUGUAAAAUUCUGCCAAACCAAUCUGAUGUAAUUUCCUGAGUAAUCCAAUCUCAUUAGUUACUCUUGCAGGUCAGGGGCAAGAUUAUUGCAUGGGGAUGGGCUUUCUAGUACCUCAUAUUUUUGUAUGCCUGCAGCAUUAACAUACACAAGCACAGUAGCUCUGUCUAUGGUGUCUUUUCCACCUGACACAUCACAUUCAAAACUACCGGCCAGUGUUCAUAUAGGUGUAUAGUGCCAGAAGAAGCCAAUCUCAUGAGAAUAGAUCUAAUCAGGGCUCAAAUAUUCAUUUUAACUGAUUUGGAAAAAAAAUCACAUACUCUAAUGCAACAUCUUUUCUCCGUUGACUUGGAGCCAGAUAAUGUUAUUCCUCUUCUUAUAUCUCUUCAACCAACCAACAAUGUAGUCACAACAAUCUUUAAUUUUUGACUGUUCAUGAAAUUGGUUAGCUUUAGCACACAAAAUUGUCCUGAAAUGUAAAUUUUUCCAUACUGGCUGAUUUAACUUCAAUAAGGUUUAUGCUUUUGCUCAUGGCCAUGUCUGUCUGUCUCACUAUCAGCAUAAAACUUAAGUCUUUUGUUACAUUUCAUCAUCUAAGUCAUAAAUUGUUGGUUCCGAGACCAUACUGGUCACAGUUUACUUGUUGACUGACAAUUAUUGAGUUAAUGGAAUUUCAUCUUUUUCUUUGAUAUUAAGUACUUAUGUUUUCUUUUAACACCACUGCACUCACUACCACACUUUUGUGUUUGGUUUUAAGUAUUUUACAAUCCACUAUGUUUUCUUAGUAACAAAGGAGUAAUAUUGGCAGCACAAGUGUACAGGUGAUACUGAGUGAAGGUCCAACACCC